AUGACGCGCACAUCCGCUUAUGACCUUUCAAACAACGAAAAUGAAGCCAAGGCCUAUUUCCCACUUCAAGAUGGCUCCCCGUUCGAGAUGCCAAUUCCAACUAUCUCAGAGAAAACUCUCAUGGCAGUCGUAGGAUCUGUCCGAAGCUGCACAAACGACCUCGUCGAGUUCUAUAGCAGCUUCGUGGACGCUGCUAACGAUCAGUUUGCCAAUAAAAUAACUUCGAAUUCAGGACCUCCUUUCAAGCAGAUAAAGCAUAUACUUUGUCCUCACAGCCAGUCGACCAUUGUGUGUCUCCGUGAACAGUCCUAUGCCUUGGGCUGGGGCUUAGCAGAGCUACCCGUUGUUCUUGGAGCAUUCAAUUACAAUAAAUAUCUGCUUCCUGCCGUGCCUCAAAUUGGACCUGGACGCAAAAACAUCGAUUUCAAGGAAUUGGCCACCAAUGCCGCCAGGACAGGGACAGAGUUGGCGGAGAGAAUCAAUGAUGAGCUAGAGAAAGGGCGAGAGAAAGACACCAAGCCACUAGAACUCAAAGUCUAUACAGGUAGAUAUUGGAACCAGCUCCAUAACUUUCGCAUCGACGUCUGCAUUGACGAUGAAGGUCAUCUGCGGAUGACGUUACAGGGUAUGGAGGAUGAGUCGUAUAAGCUAAGACACUACCACCACAACUCGUUCGUCUGGAACGUCUCAGAUGACGAGACAGCGAAGCAAGGAUGUUUCCAAACGCGUCCAUGGUUGUCUGACCUGAUUAAAUUUGAGUGCGGGGAAGGAAAUCCGCCUGAUGGUUUGCGAUGGAAGUACGACGUCGAGCUUGAAUCACCCGCCUUAUUUUCCCUCGAGGAGGGAUCUCGCUGA